AUGUCGUCUCUUCAUUCCGGGGCGGCGACCCUGCCCAAGGGCUUCCGCUUGGAAAGCGACGGUCCCAGGACGCCGGAACCUUCAGCGCCGGGCGAGGACGCACAUCUACCCUCUGCACCGCGACCACGUUUGAAGCUAAAGAGGCGCAACGUUUCGUCCCAUUUGCAAGCUCCGACCCAGCAGUUCCUUGCAUCAGUGGCUGCUGCUGAUGUGCCCAUUCCAAGUGUGGAGGAGCCGGAUUUUACGCACGCCGAUGAGGAAAUGGUCGACGGAUUGCCCGAGAUACGCCUACCCGAUUACGAUGAGUUGGACGACUACAGCCGCCUCCAUGUGCGCACGUUCUCACCACCCAAGACGCCGGCACCAGAGUUGGCCCCAUCGCUUCCUAUGAGCAAGUUCCCAAAUUGGACACUUGAUUCGUCGUGGGACGGCUCUGAUAUAGAGUCCAGCCCAGAAUACGAGUCUAGUAGACCGUCUACGGCGUUCUCCACUCAGACAAGCUCCUCCUUGUUCAGUCGAUUUUCACAUCCCUCAGAAGAUGGAGAGGGAGAUUGCCUCAGCCCGGGAAUGGAUAGCCAUGAUUUCAGCUUCUCAGAUCUGCGACCCCAAAAUCUUGACCUGGGCCACCGAAAACCAAGAAGAGCCCCUUGGACAAAAGCGAUGAGCGCACACCUGUGGUCAACGUACACGCUCUACCUGCAAGACCCAAAAGUCACUCCUGUUCGCCUAGGAAAGAGUUGCAUCCCACCUGAAGGCGUAUGCAAUCGCGUAGCACGAGAGGCCAAGCGAAGCUGGAAAGGUUCGAAGCAAACGUCCAGGAGUGGGAGCACUACUCCAACAGCUGAAUCUUCCAAGCCAUACAUGGAAUGGCCACAUACUUGCGCCGCUACCCGCGCGCACCUCCGGGAGCUUUGCCGGUUGAAGGCAACAUCGCAGCAAAGCCGUUCUUCAUACAUGUCUCAGAGCCCAACACCAUUCAACAAAGCUGUUCAUCGACGCUGGAAUCGGAGAUCCACGCCGGCACGCUCGCCAUCGAUCUUCUCGGCUCAGGACAUGGCCAUGUCCUUGACGUUGAGUACCUCAGAGGCAAUGCAGCCUCAAGGGCCCUUGGCUCAACUCACAAGUUCCGAGCCUAGUUCGCUGGAGGAGUUUUCCAAUCUGGGAGAUCAAAGCCCAGACAGUAAUCUUCUAGAAGAGGGUCCUGUAAUAGGCCGAGCACGACUUGGAUCUCCGUUCGCAAAAAGUUACGGCCCGAGCUCCUCGUCAUCGCUUGCUGAAAGCAUCAACAUACGACGGCAAUCCCAGACUGUCGGACCUCGAAAACUGCUCAAGUCACCCGCCCGCCUUACUCGCUCUAGAUCCGGGACUCAGAAGCGAAGAUCUGUAAAGGGUAUCGAUGACCAGCCGCGCAAGCGCCCUAGUCUUGCUGCCGCUCUGUGGGGAUCACCAGAGAGCACGGCUGGCCCAUCGAGUGGCCUGUUUAGCUCUACCGCCUCUUCCCAGCAAGACAAGAUGCUGAUUCCAAGGACUGCCGCCAGUGAUCCCUUCCUGACGGACAACAUUCUACCACAAGAUAUCAACGACUUAACGGCUUCAGCCUCAUCUUCGAGGCCUGCACGUCUCGGGUCCCCAUUCUCCAGCUCCCAAUCAAGCUAUUCUUUCCCAAAUAGACUCUCGCAACCCAUCAACUUCAACCUCUCCGCCCUUCGACGACCAUUUGCCACAGUGCAACAGAUCCCAGAAUCAAAUACCGAGGCUGCCUCGCCUCGCUCGAGCUUGGCGUCUCGCUUGGCCUACAUUGACCAACGCCUCAAGGAGCUCCGGAAUCGCAGCACUCGCAGGAGGUCCCAAUCUCCCUUGUAG